CGCGCGCGCGGCGACGCGCGGCGCGACGACGCGCGCGCGAACGGCGACGCGUCGAAACGCGCUCGCGUCGACGCGCGCGAUCGCGGCGACGCGGACGCGGACGCGCGCGGAGACACGCGAAAAGAAGGACGAACGCGGUGGACGAUCGGCACCGCGCGCGACAUCUUGCGACGGCGACGGCGAUAGACGCGAGCGCGAGGCGAGCGCGAGGCGCGAUGGAGUCGCUGGCGCGCGCGGUGAUGACGUCGAUACCGCCGAACGCGAUCGAUCGACAGCGCGUGUGCGAGGUGAUCGGAAGGGCGGAGGGGGCGCGAGCGAGCGGACGACACCGAGACGCGGCGAAGAUGUUGAUCGACGUCGGAGGGGCGCUGACGCGGUUGCAACACGAGACGGCGGUGGCGGUGGCGGAGCAGGCGUUUCAGUGCGCGGUGCAACAGGCGAGGUUGAACGAUGAGGACGUGCCGGAGUACAUGAAGAACGCGACGGAAGGGUCGAACGCGGAGCUGGGGGAGGCGUACGCGAGCCUCGGGAACUGCGAGCGCGCGUUGGGCAAGUUGGCGGACGCGGAGGGGCAUUAUAAGGCGGCGGUGAAAGCGGUUGAGGAUGAUGGAUUGGAGCCGUUUUCUAAUAAGUUCGUCCUUCGAGUGAUGGUGACGAGAGUUCGAAAGGAUUUCCAGAAACAUGAACAAUUGUGCGACGCGUGGGAGGAGACGAUUCGCAAGGCGGCGCGCGAGGGCACGGAGAGUCAAACCGCGCUCUUGGCGGCGACUGGAAUCUGUUUGCAAGAGCGCGCCGGUGGGAUGGCGGAACAAAAGAAGUUUAACGAAGCGGCAGAGCUGCGAGGCGGGAAGUUUUUGGAGACUGUGCUUCGCUUACAGGCGCACGGCUUGCGCACCAAGCCCGACGUGUUGCUGCCAAACGUGUACGAUUCCAUCGCGGCUUUGUAUCUCCAAGCGAAAGACAUUAAGAAGGCGCUCGGAUUUUUGCACAGAGCUGUGGCGUCAACGGCGUGUACGGAGUGCUACGGCGAUAAAUUUAUACCCGAGGGCGAAACGCGGGGGAUCAAAGCCGAGGGCAAGUGGGACGAUGUGUGCUGGCACCCGUCCCUUUUAGCGUCAAAAAAGGGUGUGGAACAAGACGAGGUGGAUGUCGUCCCGCGCGCACCGUGGGAGGUGAGCCCGGAGGAGAAGAAAAUCAUCGACCAAAUUUUAGGCGUCGGCGAUAAGUGGACGAUGAAGAAGGGUAAGGAAGGUCCGGAGCCGGCGCGAGGGGCCAACGCGCUCGGGCACAUCCUGUACACGCUCGGCAACCAUCUCAUGCAGGCAGCAAAGUGGGAAGAAGCCGGUCGUCCCUUGAAGACCGCAGCUGCGAUGUUACAGAACGAUUUGGAUAUGCAAGGGAACUGUUUUCACUUGCUCGGCGUCGUUCACUUUCAGAUCGCCAAGCUUCCCAUGAAUAGAGCGCGGGUGAAGGAGAUUUUGCCGCGCGCGGCGAGCUCGUUUGCCUUGGCCGCAGAUUGUAGAAUCGUCGAUGGCAAGUGUACAAAGAAAGGUGCAGCCGAAUCGAUUAACUCUCUAUUGUUCUUAGGUCGAUGCAUGUUCGAACUCGGCGAGUUUGAGCAAACAGAACAAGUCACCGCUCAAGCCAUCAGCCUCGGCCGACAAGUGCUCGGCGACAACGCUAAGGAAACCAACGAGGCCAUCAAGGCGAUGAUGGAGUUUAAACGCCAGAUGUCGAUGAUGGGUCGAUGAUGGGACGAUGAACGUAG